AUGGAAGCCACGGUAUGCAGGCUAGCUAUGACUGGACAUCAGUCCAUCUUCAUAGCCUCCUGUUACAUCCCUUCUAAAACCCUUCCCCUCAAAAAAGAUUUUGAGGCUAUUUUAUCUCUAGGCAAUUCAGUCAUUAUGUUUGGAGAUUUUAACUCCAAGCAUACUGAAUGGACAUGCCGUACUACCACCCGUAGUGGCAAGUUACUGCUCGAUAUCACGCAGUCUCUUGAUAUUACCGUCCACAGUCCUCUCGGUGUUACUCACUUUCCCGAUAACACCGACUAUGCCCCCGAUGUACUAGAUUUUGCGUUACUCAAAGGAGUUUCUCUCAACCUUAGGGCAAUCGAGACACUAGACGAUCUAGGAUCCGACCACCGACCGGUCUCUCUCAUUCUUGGCCAUCAGCCACCACUCCCAACACCCUCUACUAAAACCUUCACAAAUUGGAAGGGCUUCAAGGAGUCCCUAGCGAAAGCUCUGGACUCACAGGACUCCCCCAUCUCCCUAUCUUCGGACUUAGACAGUCCUGAAAAAAUCGACACCGCGGUCGAUUCACUCUCCACCCUUAUUAAAACCUCCCUUAAGGAGAAUGAAAGGGUCGUCCCGGUUGCUAAUAAUAGUGGGCUUCCCCUGCAUAUUAGCAACCUAUUAAAAGCCAAAAAAGCUGCUUUCCGGAGAGCAGCAAAAUAUCCCACGCCCGAAUAUAGGCGCACGGCCAAUCGUCUUCAACGAGAACUCCGUUUCCGCCUCUCUGAAUUUCGAGACCUCAAAAAGAGUAAGCUCAUGGAGAAUAUCUCUCCCUCUCAUACAGCGUACUAUCAGAUGGCAAGAGCCCUCCGCAUAGACGCUAUCUUCCACACUCCCCCUCUCUCCCGUCCCGACGGUACGGUAGCCUUCGAGGACGAGGAAAAGGCUGAGUGCUUUGCAGACAGCAUUGCCGCUCAAUGCUCUCCUAGCUCUCAACCCGUAGACCCCUCACACGUCCAGGCAGUGGAGGAUGAGGUCCGCCGCCGGAACUCGCCCCCUACAGCCUCCGAACCUAUCUCUGUGUCCAAUGAUGAGCUUUCAUCCCUCAUCAAAGGACUUAAGCCUAAAAAGGCUCCGGGCGCGGAUGGCAUCUCCAACCAAGCCCUAAAAAACUUUCCUGAGCAGGUGCUAACCCUUUUAUCUAUUAUCUUCAAUGCCUGCUUCAACCUUAGUUACUUUCCCACUACGUGGAAAGAGGCAACUGUGAUUGGUAUUCCCAAGCCAGGCAAGCCUCUUAAUCUCCCCUCCAGUCAUCGUCCCAUUAGCCUCCUCAAGGCCAUGGGCAAGCUCUUUGAAAGAGUCAUUCAAAAUCGCAUGAGGCGCCAUCUGUUUCCCACAGACGGUGACCCUCUUAUCAUUCCCCAUCAAUUCGGUUUCCGAGCGAAACACUCCUGCCCCCAACAAGUUCACCGUAUUGUGGAAUAUAUCCUCAGCGGUUUUUAUCCCCGUCGUCAUAAGACUAUCGCGGUCUUUUUCGACAUCGCCAAAGCCUUCGAUAGAGUCUGGCAUACAGGCCUUAUCUACAAACUAUACAAAAUAGGUCUCCCCGAUCGUCUAGUACGUCUCGUGGCCUCUUAUCUUAAUCAUCGUACCUUUCGUUUUAGACACGAAGGCACGCUAUCUUCACAGCGCCCCAUCAAAGCUGGUGUCCCUCAGGGCUCAGUUCUUGCUCCUCUGCUGUACAUACUGUUCACCAACGACAUUCCCAUUCCGCCGAAAGGUGUUCAGCUCUCCCUCUUCGCAGACGACACUGCUCUCUACUGCAAAGGUAUCUCGCUACCUUUCAUACGGAACAAGGUCCAAAAGUCAGUUGAUGACCUAGGAGCUUGGUUCAAAAAAUGGCGCAUCGAUGUGAACCCGGAGAAGAGCUCCGCCGUUCACUUCGAUUAUAAACGACGCCGUCUCAAAAACACUCCACCAAUACGUAUGCUAGGGACCCCUGUCCCCUGGCAUACGUCUGCCAAAUAUUUAGGUGUCACUCUAGACACAGGGCUAACUUUCAGGCCCCACGUCAAAAGAGUAACCCGUCACGCACGUUUUUACCUGAAUAGGCUCAACAGUAUGUUGGGCCGACACAGUAAAAUGUCCCUCAGAAACAAGCGUACCCUUUAUAAGGUCUGUAUACGACCAGUCAUGUCCUACGCGGGCCCCAUUUUCGCCCACUCUAACCCUAAAAUUAUUAAUGAACUCCAAGUAGUUCAAAACCUUUUCUGUCGUCGAGCUGCGAACGCACCUUGGUACGUCCGCAAUGCCGACCUUCAUCGGGACCUAGAGCUCCCUACAAUUCAACAAUUCCUUAAAAAACUCUCUGAGAACUUCUUCAAAGCCUCAGAGUCGCAUUCCAAUCAUUUUAUUCGUGAGGCUGCUAAUUAUGCAGCCCCACUCCCCUCCCGCUAUAGCGUCCGCAGGCCGAGGAACUCCCUCUCGGACCCGCCUAAUAAACUUUCAAACGACCUGAACUGCCUCCUGGCGGCUCAGGCCAACUCUAAUUAA